CGGGGAAUUCGUCUGGCUGUCUCUUGUGGCGGCGGGGUCGUAUUUCUGAGCGGAGUAGAAGAGAGAGCGGCGAUGUCUGGUCGCGGGAAGCAAGGCGGGAAGGCUCGGGCCAAGGCCAAGUCGCGCUCUUCACGGGCCGGGCUGCAGUUCCCCGUGGGCCGCGUGCACCGCCUGCUGCGCAAAGGCAACUACGCAGAGCGAGUGGGCGCCGGCGCCCCGGUGUACCUGGCGGCCGUGCUCGAGUACCUGACGGCUGAGAUCCUGGAGCUGGCAGGCAACGCGGCCCGCGACAACAAGAAGACUCGCAUCAUCCCGCGCCACUUGCAGCUGGCCAUCCGCAACGACGAGGAGCUCAACAAGCUGCUGGGCAAGGUGACGAUCGCGCAGGGCGGAGUGCUGCCCAACAUCCAGGCCGUGCUGCUGCCCAAGAAGACCGAGAGCCACAAGGCAAAGAGCAAGUAAAGCAGGCCCGGGCCGCUGUGCCGAACACAGAAGCGAAACCCAAAGGCUCUUUUCAGAGCCAC